AUGGCCGGCGAGGAGCUCGAAGACACGUGCCUGGCGCGGAAAGAGGCUCAGCGGCGAGCUUGUGACCUUGAAGCUGACCGAGGGCGGGUGAAGAAGGCCGCUCAAAGUUCAGAUGAAGAUGAGAGGUCGGCUAUGGCGAACCAAGUCCAAGUCCCAGAUGAUGGACGCUGCAUCUAUGUUGGGGGUCUUCCCAAGCAUGCAGAGUGGCAAGAGCUGAAGGACCACAUGAAGACCGCGGGCGAGAUCGAGUACUGCGAUGUGCUGUACAACGACUGGGGCCAACCGCGGGGUAUCGGCUUCGUGCGCUACAAGACCGAAGCUGAAGCCCAGCAAGCUAUUGCCAGCCUUGAUGGCAGCACAAUGGAAGGCAAAGCCGUCCAGGUGUCUCCGUGGACUGGGCGACCACCUAACCCAAACAGCCCCGGGAAGAUGAUGUACCAGAUGAUGGCCUGGUAUGGAGGCGCACAGAAGAGGCUCAAGGUUGACCCUGAGAAGGCCACCCUAGUGGAUCGGGUCAAGAACUUCCAAAAAGCAGGCCCGGACAAGAAGGAGCUUUGGUAUGCCUUCUGCGGCGAAAUGAAGGAUCCCGCGCGACAUGACAUAGACAAGCUUAAGGAGUUUGUUGCCCUGCACUCGGUGCCAUGA